AUGGCACUCUUCGUCAAGAUCGCACUCCUUUCAAUCCUCAUUCGCAUUUUCAGUCCUUACCGUUCCAAAAUCUACUUCAUCUACGGCCUCCUCGGCUGUCUCUGCAUAUACUACAUCGUUGCCGAGGUCGUCAAGAUCCGCAUGUGCGACCCGGUUCCGGGAUACUGGACGCUCGAUCCAAAGGCACGCUGUCUCAAUCAACGGGCUGCCCUGAUCGCCGACUCUGUCAUCAGUGUGGUGACAGAUUUUAUUAUCCUGAUUCUACCUCUGCCACUCACCUGGUCGCUUCAAAUGUCACGGAGCAAGAAGUUGCGGGUCAUCGGCAUGCUGUCGGCGGGUGGUCUGGCCACGGCCUUCAGUUUGUACCGGCUGGUUCUGGUCUUGCGUGAUGGUAGCUCCAAUGAUCAGACUAUUGUCUUUAUGAUCGUUAUUCUUUCAGGAAACGCCGAAGGAGGCGUGGCCAUGAUUUGCGCUUGUCUCCCCACGAUCAACAUCCUCAUCAACAAGCUCCGCAAGAAGGAGUACAGCUCUCAACGUUAUUACGAACCAGAGUCCUCUGUCAACCUUAGCAAACUCAAAGGAAGCAACAAGCGAUUCUCACUCGGUAACUCCCGCCGCGCCGAUGGCACCGAGUCCGCCUCCGACCAGUCACAUCUGAUUACAUUUGCAGGGACGGUCGACAUGGCAGGUAAUGAGGCUGGAGGCAUUCACAAGACGGUGGAUGUGUCACAGACGAUAGAGAUGGUGGCCGAUGGUGAUAGUCAUGAAAGCCACCGUCACAGCAGUUUUCACUAA